CGCAAUAUAGAUUGUGUAUAACAGUGUAUAACAGUAACACAGCUGACUGGACAAUUGGGAUCUCUCCAAACAAAUAAAAAUAUUUUGUUUAAGGAUAUAAUUUCCUGUAUUGAUAGUAUACUGCAGAAUGUUUGUAUGGCUUUUUGUUUUGCAUCUAUUGAAUCCGGCAUCGUUGCUGCAGACAUUUGAUAUAAGAUGUCCCGAUAGUUCACAGUGGCAGUUUAAAGAAAAGGGGUUUUGCAACAGAUCUGUACCUGAUUAUUACUGUCUGCUCGACGAAAAUAGAAAUGCUCCUACUGAAUUUUGUAGAAAUGGAUCCGAAUUUUUCCGACCAGGCUACAAGUUUGUAGUAAGUGGUGCUUUGACUGGAAAACUGUGUAGCGGCGACUUCUUUCAACCAUUUAAAUUUUGGACUAAUUACAGUAGUGAGUGCGCUUUGACAAAGUCGAACUGUAGUGAAGAAGGCCAAAACAAUUUCAAUAAUGGAAAUUCAACCUCUGACAGAGCAUGUCGAUGUGACCACACAAAAGGAUACGGCUUCGUGCAUAAACCAAACAAUGACUGUUUUUGCUAUCCAGCAUAUGAAGACUGUUCCUGCUAUUUCAGGUCUUGUGGGCAUGAUUACGUUUUAACACCAGAUUACCAGUGUGUUAAAACAUCAAAUUGGACGGGAAACUAUAAAUGUUCAAAAACUGGCAAAGAAUCGACAAGGAAAACACAACAAGUAGAGGCGAAACUAUCUUCUAUGUUACAUCAUAGCUUUUGGUGUCAACAUCUGGACGCAAAGGACACAUAUCAAAGAUCAUCUCAGAAAGAAGACAUAAUGAUCUUCGUGUUUUGUGUAUACACCGCACUUGUGGCUAUGUGUUUAUCAAUAGUGUUAUCAGUAUUUCAGUUUCCAAAAUGUUUUAACGUCCAGUCAGUCGACAUGAGAAAUAAAAUAGAAAGCAAUUUAAGAGAUAGGUUCAGGAGGCGUAUAAAGGCAAAUUAUUACGAUAUCAUCACGACAAUAGACUACGACGCUAUAACUACAUAUAUGAUAAACAAAAACGUUUUACACAAAGAGGACCUACCUAUUAUAUCAGGAAAAUGCUUAAGGCGAAAGGACAAAAAUCAGGAACUUCUUCAAAAUCUAUGGAGAGGAAACAAGGCUUGGUUCGAGCAUUUUAUUCAAGCUUUACAAGUCCAUGGAUACUCAACACUUGCAAAUCAGAUCAAUGAAACACACGUUGACAAUUUUGAUAAACUUGAUGAGGAUUUGAGUGACGAUGAAGAUGGUAAUAAAAACAUCCCACAGUACAACAGAGAGCUUAACACAAGGUACAUACACGAUUGGCUCGAUGACGACAAACGUUUUAGUCCAACAACAGCUUCAACGAAUUUAGAAGAAACGAUAAAAGAAAGGAACUGCGUUCUUGUAGUUGGAGGCUCAGGGGAUGGCAAAACUUCAUUGAUUAGACACCUUGCCGUCAAAUUGUGGCUAGAGGAAGAUUACGAUAUAGUGCCUAUAGUAAUGGUACCAGUUAUAAUAAGAAAUUUCUACAAUGCGGAUAGAAAACAAGUCUUCGUAGUAGAUGAUUUUUGUGGAAGGGACACAAUUUACAAAACGUCUGUUGAUCUUUGGGUUCUACCUCAUUAUACAACACUUUUUGAGGACAUUAUCGAAUCGAAAAUGCGUUUAGAUAAAAAAGAUAUUGCUAAGAAAAACAUAAAAAUAUUAAUAGCCUGUAAUAGUGAUGUUUAUAAUGAUCCAUUAUUUAGUAUGCUUGAUUUUUAUAAACAGUACACAGUCAGCCUAUCAAAAUGGCCUUUAUCAGACAAUGAGAGAGAAAUUAUGAUAAAAAAUAAAUUGUUUCACGCUAAUAUGGUUGACAGUAUAAAAGAUUUAAGUUUUCCAUUACUUUGUAAGCUUUCGAAAGGUAAAUUAAACGAUCAAAUUCGUGUAUUCUUUGAAAGACCAAUUGAAUGGAUAACAAAAGAUAUUAACAAGAUUAAAGAACAGCAACGCGAUCAGUUCUUUCUAAUUACUCUUUUGGUCUUAUUAGAUAACCAAUUCACUGUUGAUUGGCUGGAUGCGCCAAAAUUACCUGAAAAGGUAAAACGAUCUAUAGAUGGCAUAUCUACACAUUUGUCAUUAAAUCUUCGAGAUAUAUCAGUGAAAGCCGAAUUAGAGAAAAAUCUUAAUAUUUUGGAAAAGACCUUUGUCGUUAGAAGCGACCAAACUUGCAGCUUUGUACAUGCUAAGAUAUACGAUAUCGCUGCAGUUAUAUGUGGUGAAUACUUCUUCCGUCAUUUUGUUAAAUUUGCAAGUAGUAAGUUCAUUGCAGAAAGAUAUAAACUUGAAACAAUACACAAUGAAUUAGCUGAAAAGGAAAUGCUUAUUUGCAUUACAACGGAACAUGAGACCCUGUAUUUCGAUAGACUGAUUAAUGAUUUAGAAAAUGGUGAUACUUAUAGUUUUUUUCACAAUAGACAACUGGAAGACAAAAUUUAUCGUAAAAGAUUUCUAAAACAUUGUCGAGAACAUCUCACAUUUAUUAAAAUUAAAGAUAGCAUAGCGAACUUAAAAGCCAGGCAAAAUAACAAUGCAUCCCAAAAAGAUAGAAAUAUAUCCAUCACGGACUGGAAGAAUUACGAUCAUGAUUCGUAUUAUACUGAAUUAAAAGAAAAACGCAGUCAUGAUAUCAGCAGCUUGUGUAAACCUUUAAUUGAAUCUGUAAUAGAGGGAUAUGCCGAUAUUGUUGAUUUUGCAUUGGAAGUAGGAUGUGAUAUAAACGGUACUCAUACUUUUGGCAGGUCAUCUAUUUAUAUGGCAGCGCUUUUAAAUCAUAUAGACAUAGUGAAAUUACUCAUCGAAAAAAAUGCUGAUAUAUCUGUGCGUGAUCAUAAAGGUAGAUCUGCUUUAUAUGUUUGUUGCAAAAAAGGUCAUGAACAAAUUGUUGAAGUUCUGCUUCAAACAAACCUGGACAUUUCGCAAUCCGAUGACAAAAAAAGGACACCACUGCACGCAGCAUCUAAAAAAGGACAUGAAAAUGUUGUAAAACUGUUAUUGGAUAAAGAGCAUACUGUAGACCUACUGGAUGUCGAAAAACAUACACCUUUAUUUCUGGCAUCUGGACGCGGCCAUACAGAAACAGUUAGAAAAUUGAUACAAGCAGGUUCAAGUAUAUCUACUAGAGAUAAAAAUGGAUGGACGCCACUUUUUGCUGCAUGCAAAAGUGGUAGAAAAGCAGUAGCAGAAUUACUAAUAGACAUGAAAGCCAGCGUAUCAGAAUGUGACGAUUAUGGUCGAUCACCACUGCUUAUUGCCUCAAGCAAUGGACGUGAUGAAGUCGUCAAACUGUUGAUACAAAAUAAAGCUGACAUUUCGAAAUGUGAUAAUAAGAGUCGUUCAGCACUUUAUCUUGCUUGCAAAGGUGAACACAAAAAAACAGUGAAUAUAUUAUUGCAUAAUUGUUGCUCUGUCAAUGCAUGUAAUAAAAAGGGCAAAUCACCACUUCAUGUUGCAUGCGGUAAAAGAAACGUUGAAAUUGUAAAAGUUUUGCUCAGUUACAAUCCUUCCGAUGAAGCGUUAGAAUGUCAAAAUCAAGCAGUUUCAUCUCUCAGACAUGAACAUGAAAAAGUGGAGGCAAUUAAAUCCUCGUUUGAAAAUAAACAAAAUAUUAAUACCUUUAAUGAUGAAGGAGAUUCUCCUUUGCACAUUGCUUGCAAACGUGGUGACCAAGAAAUAGCGACCAUGCUUGUGCUGAACGGUGCAGAUAUAAACCAUUCCAACUAUGUAGGUAAGCAGCCCUUACAUAUAGCUUGUAGUGAUGAUCAUUAUGAAAUAGUUGAUAUGCUAUUAACGAAAUCUGCUAUCAUUGAUGGUCGUGAUAAUGAAGGAACAACACCGCUUAUAGCUGCCUCCAAAAACGGUCGAGCUAAGAUAAUACGACUUUUGUUAGAAAAAGGCGCCGUACCCUCAACUUUCGACAGGAAAAAGAGGUCACCAUUGCAUUUUGCUUGUAUCAAAGGAUUUGAGGAAAUCGUACAGACUCUUCUCGAUAAAGCACCCUUAUUAAUUUCAGAGAAGGACAGUGCAGGGAAAACAGCACUCGAUUUUGCAAUCGAAAACGGACAUUCUAAUGUUGUGCAAUUUUUGAGUAAAUUAGAAAAUAUUUAAUAUUUAGACAGUACCUGUUUUAAUGUUAUAGCAGUUUUAGUGACUUGUGAAAAACUAACAUGACAUGAAAUAUCAUUGAUAUCUUAUUUGUUGUAAAUUUACUGUUAAGGAAACUUUGAGAUCGAUCGAAAUACUGAGUCUUUUCUCCUUUAGGCAGAAAUGGCCUUAACCAGAUGUGGUAGAACCUUUUGGAAUAUUUAGUUUACACUGCUCUUUAACUUCCUAGUUGAUUUUGCCGUCCGACUCUUUGAUUCGAACGCCUCUGAUCAGUGUUGUACCAACGAAACGCAAGCCUGGUGUACCAAAUUAUAAUCAUAGUAACUUUGAUGAGUUUUUUUCAUAAACAGUCAGUACGAAAUGAAAAUUAAUGCAACAUCAUCUUAGUACAAAACAUUGUUUUAAAUUUAUUUUUCGUGUGUGUCCUAUUCACCAAUAAAUAAGACUUAUUACUGUUCAAAGAACGUGGAAUAGCAGAAGCGAAUCCAUGGAAUCAAGUCAAUUCUGUAUAAAAUAUUAGAUGAUGUUUGUAUGUCAUUUUUGAAAAUUCAUAUAUAAAUUGCAAUAUUUAAAAGGUUGAAACAUUUUGAGGAAAUAAUAAAAAACAAUUGAAAAUGGCAAAUUGACAAACUAUCAUUUAAAGCAUUUUAUCAUAUGUUGUAUUAUUUCCGUUUGUUUAUCGAGGUCUAGCCUUUCAGUGUACAUAAUUGAUACGAAUGCCUGAACUAUUAGAAAAUGAGAGUUUUAUGUCAGUCCAAUAACUAUUACCAUGUUGAUUUACAUACUAAUAUUUCAUUUAACGCUGGAUAUUUGUUUUUGUGCUGGAAUUUGUAGCAAAGCAUACAGGUAUUAUAGUUAAUUCAAUGGUACAUCAACGCACGUCUAUGAGUAAGAAGACACACAUUUUUUUAAUUUUCAUUAUUUUAGUUGACAUGGUUGAUACAUAUUUUCCAGGAUAAAUGAUAG